UUAGUUUCUUGAAGUUCGAUUAAGAACUAAGAAGACACAAAAGAGUGGAAAAAGGCAAGAGUGUGUGAGACCAAAAGAGGGUAAAAGCCGUUUAGAGUGAAAACACGAGUGUAAGUGUAUUAAUUCUUGAGUGAAACACGUGAGGGAGUGCUUGUGAGGAUUCUAACCUUGUUUUGCAGAUUCUAAACAUGUCCAAUAAUCAAGAAGAAGACACAACCGAAGAAUUUCGACAACCCGCAGCUUCGAACCUCCAAAUGCAAGCGUUGUUAGGGGAGAUGAGGCGUAUGUUGAGGGCUGAAUUAGAACCUAUUCACGAGAGGUUGGACAGGGUAGAAGCAGAAACUCCUAGGGGACAGCAACAAGACAAUCCCAAUAGGCAACAAGGUGGGCGUGUUCCGUGGCGGAAUGUUGAGGAAGAGGCGGAGUUGGAGGAAUUUGAUGAGCCAUAUUUGAACCGAGGCAGGUUUGAGCGUGGGUAUGGGAAUAGAGAAGCUAGGAUGGGUAGGCCUAGGAGGGAUAAUGAUUUAGGAAACAUAAAGAUUAAAAUCCCGUCUUUUCAAGGUAAAAAUGAUCCUGAAGCUUAUUUGGAGUGGGAAACUAAAAUGGAGAUGGUGUUUGAUUGUCACAACUACUCGGAGAUAAAGAAGGUUAAGUUGGCUGCAAUUGAAUUCACAGAUUAUGCCAUUGUUUGGUGGGAUCAAUUACUGAUUAAUAGGAGGAGAAAUAGAGAGCCACCCGUGGACACUUGGGAGGAGAUGAAAAUGCUUAUGAGGAGGCGUUUUGUACCCAACCAUUAUUAUAGGGGAUUGUAUCAAAAGUUGCAGAGGUUAACUCAAGGUUCCAAGAGUGUGGAUGAGUAUUACAAGGAGAUGGAGGUAGCAAUGAUCCGGGCUAAUGUAGAAGAGGACCGAGAAGCCACCAUGGCUAGGUUUUUGCACGGUUUAAAUCGUGAGAUUGCAGAUAUAGUCGAGUUGCAGCACUAUGUUGAGUUAACAGAUAUGGUGCAUCAAGCCAUAAAAGUGGAGGAACAAUUCAAACGAAAGGGAUUGGCUAGGAGGGGACAACCUAUGGCUACCACCAGCCCAUGGAAGACAGCUCCAAAAAGGGACGAGCAGCUUCAAAAUAAGCAAAAAUUUGAACCCUCUAAGAAUGCCAAACCAACAACCACCACUACUUCAGGUAACACCGAGGCUUCUAUUUCUAAAACACGUGAUAUUAAGUGUUUUAAAUGUCAGGGGCGGGGACACAUAGCCAGCCAGUGUGUAAACAAAAGGGUGAUGGUGAUAAACGCCCAAGGAGAGCUUGAGUCGGAGAAUGAGGAAGAAGUAGAUGAUGAUGACAUGCCACCUUUGGAGGAUGCCGAUGAUGAGCAAAAUGCUGUGGUUGGAGAUUUAUUGGUAGCAAGGCGAGUUCUCAAUGUGCAAGUUAAGGAGGAAGAAAGUAACCAAAGGGAAAACUUGUUUCAUACUCGGUGCUUUGUAAAUAACAAAGUUUGCAGCGUCAUUAUUGAUGGUGGGAGUUGCACAAACGUAGCCAGCACUUAUUUGGUGGAGAAAUUGGCCUUAACCACCUUGAAACAUCCUCACCCUUACCGGCUUCAGUGGCUGAAUGAAUGUGGCGAAAUCAAGGUGACAAGGCAAGUGUUGGUGGCAUUAUCCAUUGGCAAAUAUGAGGAUGAGGUGCUUUGUGAUGUGGUUCCUAUGCAUGCAUGCCAUUUAUUGUUGGGAAGACCAUGGCAGUAUGAUCGGAGGGUUACGCAUGAUGGAUUCACAAAUAGGUAUUCUUUCACUCUUAAAAGGCAACCCAUUACUCUUGUGCCAUUAACUCCAAAACAGGUCAUGGAGGACCAACUAAAGUUACAAAGAUCAAAUGAAAAGAAAAAAGAAAAAGAAAGGAAGGCCGAAAGUGGAAAAAAAGAGUUGAAAAAAAAAGAAAGAGAGAAAAACAUUGAUCAGAGUGAAAAAGAAAGAGAGAGGAUUUCGGCCAUAGUGAGAGCAAGAGAGGAAAAAUUCAGUUACAUUGCAAAAAAAAGUGAGAUCAAGAGAGCAUUAUUUUCACACCAGCCCCUUAUUGUACUCAUGUACAAGGAGGCUCUUUUAUGUACUAAUGAUCUCGUCGGUACUUUGCCGAGCAAUAUUGUUUCUCUUUUGCAGAAGUUUGAAGAUGUCUUUCCCGAAGAGGUACCUAGUGGCUUACCUCCAAUCCGAGGGAUUGAACAUCAAAUUGAUUUCAUACCCGGUGCAUCAAUUCCUAACCAACCUGCUUAUAGGAGCAAUCCUGAGGAGACCAAGGAACUUCAGAGGCAAGUAGGUGAAUUAUUGGAGAAGGGGUAUGUGCGUGAAAGCAUGAGUCCUUGUGCGGUCCCGGUGCUAUUAGUUCCUAAGAAGGAUGGAACAUGGAGAAUGUGUGUUGACUGCCGGGCCAUCAACAACAUAACGGUAAAGUAUCGUCAUCCUAUUCCUAGGUUAGAUGAUAUGCUGGAUGAAUUGCAUGGUUCUUGUGUCUUUACAAAAAUUGAUCUUAAGAGUGGAUAUCAUCAAAUUAGGAUGAAGGAAGGUGAUGAAUGGAAAACUGCUUUUAAAACUAAAUAUGGUUUGUAUGAAUGGUUAGUGAUGCCUUUCGGCUUAACUAAUGCGCCAAGCACAUUUAUGCGUUUGAUGAACCAUGUUUUGCGUGCAUUUAUUGGCAGAUUUGUAGUUGUGUAUUUUGAUGAUAUCCUAAUUUAUAGCAAAAACUUGGAAGAACAUGUGAUGCAUUUAAAAUCUGUUUUGGAAAUCUUGAGGAAAGAAAAGUUGUUUGCUAAUCUCAAGAAGUGCACCUUUUGCACGAAUAAGCUUGUGUUUCUUGGUUUUGUUGUUAGUAAGAGAGGAAUUGGGGUGGACGAGGAAAAGGUGAAGGCAAUCCAAGAGUGGCCAACGCCUACAACAAUCAGCCAAGUGAGGAGUUUCCACGGCUUAGCUAGCUUCUAUAGACGGUUUGUGCGUGAUUUUAGUAGCUUAGCCGCCCCUCUUACUGAAGUCAUCAAGAAAAAUGUGCCGUUUAAGUGGGGAAAAGAACAAGAAAAUGCAUUUAAUCUGAUCAAAGAAAAGUUAACUAAUACACCUUUGCUUGUUUUACCUAACUUUGCUAAAACUUUUGAAAUUGAGUGUGAUGCUUCAGGAAUAGGUAUUGGAGCUGUUUUGAUGCAAGGUGGUCAUCCAGUUGCUUAUUUCAGUGAAAAGUUGAGUGGGGCAGCCCUAAAUUACCCCACUUAUGAUAAGGAAAUGUAUGCCUUGGUAAGGGCUUUGGAAAAUUGGCAGCACUAUCUAUGGCCAAAGGAAUUUGUGAUUCACACAGAUCAUGAAUCUUUGAAGCAUUUGAAAGGACAGCAAAGGUUGAACAAACGCCAUGCCAAGUGGGUGGAAUUCAUUGAAACAUUUCCUUAUGUGAUCAGAUACAAGCAAGGUAAGGAAAAUGUGGUGGCUGAUGCAUUGUCCCGAAGGUAUGCUUUACUUUCCAUUUUAGAUACAAAAUUGCUUGGCUUUGAAUAUAUUAAGGAUUUGUAUGCACAAGAUUCUGAUUUUGCUGAUGUGUUCAAUGCAUGUGAAAAAGUGGCGUUUGAUAAGUUUUAUAGGCAAGAUGGAUUUUUGUUUCGGGAAAAUAAACUGUGUGUGCCUAUGUGUUCUUUGCGUGAAUUGCUUGUGAGAGAAGCUCAUGGUGGUGGUUUGAUGGGUCAUUUUGGUGUAGCUAAGACUUUAGGAAUUUUGCAUGAUCAUUUUUUUUGGCCUCAUAUGAAACGUGAUGUGGAAAGAAUCUGUGAGAAGUGUAUCACGUGUAAACAUGCUAAGUCUAAGUUGAAACCCCAUGGUUUGUACACCCCUUUGCCAAUACCUAGUGAACCUUGGACUGAUAUUUCUAUGGAUUUUGUUUUAGGUUUACCUAGGACUAAGAGGGGGAGAGAUUCAAUUUUUGUGGUGGUAGAUAGAUUUUCCAAGAUGGCACACUUCAUUGCUUGUCAUAAAACUGAUGAUGCAUCACAUAUAGCUGAUUUGUUCUUCAAAGAAAUUGUUAAGUUACAUGGCAUGCCUAGGACCAUUGUUUCUGAUAGGGAUGCAAAGUUUUUGAGUUACUUUUGGAAGACUUUGUGGGGAAAGUUGGGAACCAAAUUGUUGUUUUCUACUGCUUGUCAUCCACAAACGGAUGGUCAAACUGAAGUAGUAAAUAGAACUUUGUCUUCUUUGUUGCGUGCUAUCAUUAAAAAGAAUUUGAAAACAUGGGAAGAUUGUUUGCCACAUGUUGAAUUUGCUUACAAUAGAAGUAUACAUUCUGCAACUAAGUUUUCACCAUUUGAAAUUGUUUAUGGCUUUAACCCAUUGUCACCUUUGGAUUUAACUCCUUUACCUUUGAGUGAACGUGUGAACUUAGAUGGCAAAAAGAAGGCAGAAUUUGUAAAGAUGAUUCAUGAAAAGGCACGGCUGAACAUUGAAAGGAGGACUCAACAAUAUGUCCAUCAAGCCAACAAGGGACGCAAGAAGGUAGUAUUUGAACCAGGAGAUUGGGUUUGGUUACACUUAAGGAAGGAACGUUUUCCAGAGAAACGGCGUUCAAAACUCCUACCUCGGGGUGACGGACCAUUCCAAGUAGUGGAGCGCAUCAAUGAUAAUGCCUACAACCUUGACUUACCGAGUGAGUAUGGUGUUAGUGCAAGCUUUAAUGUUGCUGAUUUGUCUCCAUUUGAUGUAGGUGAUGAUUUGAGGACAAAUCCUUCUCAAGAGGGGGAGAAUGAUGGAAACCAAGGAGCUGGACAUGCUGAUCAUACACAUGGGAAUGGGGCUGAAGUUGUGCAAGACCCUUUGUCACUUCCUAGUGGCCCAAUUACAAGACUUAGAGCCAAACGUUUCAAGGAAGCACUAAAUGGGCUAAUCCAAGAGAAUUGGGCUGAUUCUAAAAAGACCAAGAUGGGCUCAAAUAAUAAUCAAGGCUUAGUCCAUGUCAAUUUCAGUACACUAGCUGCACCACUCACUGAAAUUGUUAAAAAAUCCAUGGGUUUUAAAUGGGGUAGUGAGCAAGAUCGUGCAUUUAUUAAGAUUAAAGAAAGGUUAGGUGGUGCUCCUUUAUUAGCAUUACCUGAUUUUUCUAAAACUUUUGAGAUUGAGUGUGAUGCCUCAGAAAUAGGUAUUGGAGCUAUUUUGAUGCAGGAGAAGCGGCUAAUAGCCUAUUUUAGUGAAAAGCUAAAUGGGACAGCUUUGAACUACCCGACAUAUGACAAUGAGCUUUAUGCAUUGGUUUUGGUGCAUAUGAGAAAGGAAAGAUUUUUAGCCCGUAGUCGGUCCAAGCUACAUCCUAGAGGGAAUGGUCCAUUUCAAGUCCUUGAGAGAAUCAAUGAUAAUGCUUACAAGUUGGAUCUCCAGGUGACGAUUUGA